CCACUCUUCGUCGCCCUCAAUUUAUAUUAACGCCCCGGACGGAAGGCGAUUAGCCCAAGGCGACGACUAAAGAUGUCGGUUGUAACAAAGAACCCUUUUGCCUACCUCGGCAACGACAGUGACGGCGAGGAGAAGCCCGUCGUUCCUGUCAAGACCGUUGACAAGAACACUGCUCGCACUACUAAGCGCAAUGUCGAGCCCCAAGCUCCCGUAAAGGCCGCUGGUGCUGGAGGAAACCGCCGUGGCCCCGGUGGUAACGAGGGUGCUUUCCAGGACCGUGCUACUGGUAGCCGACGCAACCAGGGCCGAUCCACUGAGGAGACUCCCCGUGAUGGUCCCCGAGGCGGUGCUGGUGCCCGUGUCCGUGGUGGACGUGGCGCCAGACGCGCCCACGAGCGCGAUGACCGACACACCUCCAAGUUCGGUGGCCACGGUGGCUCCGACAAGCAGGCUGCCCAGUCCUGGGGUGCUAACGAAGGCCAGGCUGAGCUUAAGGACGAGCAGGCCGGCGAGGCUAUCGCUAAGGACGAGCAGAAGGACGCCGCUGCUGAAGAAGCCGCUGCCGCUGAGGCUGCCGCCGAGGAGGAGGCCGAGAAGCAAGUCUCCUACGAAGAAUACCUCACCCAGCAGGCUGAGAAGAAGGCCGCUCUUGAGUCUGGCCUCAAGGUCCGUGAGGCCAACGAGGGCAGCAAGCUCGACAAGAAGUGGGCCAACGCCAAGCCCCUCGAGAACGAGGAGGAGGAGUACUUCGCUGCCUCCGGAGGCAAGGCCCAGCGCCAGCGAGAGCGCAAGGUCAAGCAGACCGUUGACUUCGACCCCCGUUUCGUCGAGCCCGAGCGCACCCGAGGUGGUGCCCGCGGAGGCCGUGGCGGCCGUGGUGGCCGAGGCGGAGAGCGUGGUGGUGACCGUGGCCGUGGAGGUAACCGCGGCGGUCGCGGCGGCGCUCCUCAGGGAGCUGCUAAGGGCAAUGCUGCUAUCAACACCAACGACCAGUCUGCUUUCCCCAGCCUCGGCGGCAACUAGAUUGCCCAACGCCUGCCCGUCUCUCACCAGAGCGCGCCCAUAAAUCCCCUUGCCUGCAACGUCUCAUCAUAGCACGCAAUUCGCGGGUCAACGUCAUGCCCACAGCCUCCCUUUUUCCUUUUUUCUCGUCACGAUAUAAGAAGGGGGGAAGAUGCCAUAUUCGUUGUUUUCGACAGGUUGAAAUGAAAAAAAAUUAGUUGACCAUUGGUUUUUGCCCUGUGUCGGAUAUCAAUCAUGUCCCUCUCAGGGAAGUGCUUCGUGAUAUAGGGAGGAUUUGAGCUCUGUUCUCACUAGCUCGGCUGCACUCAGAAGUAUUUCUGUCCUCUAGGUCUUCUCAAAGGUUUCCGUACAAAAUUCAAUUGAAAUGCUCUUUUAAAUCUG